GCUUUUGCCUCCAGGAACCUCCCUCAAUGUGCCCCAUCCACAACGUUUUUAACCAACCCGUGACCUCUGCUCAUCGACUUGCUGUGUCCAUUGGAUCCCUCGGUCCAACAAAUGCGCGCAAUGUGCAUCCAGAGUGGAACUAUGGAAGAUUGGAUUGGGUUGAAUUAGACGAAGGACCAGACUCUAGCUCCAAAGAUGCUCAAGGUGCUUGUCCUGACCCCGCUUAAGCCUUAGAGGGAAUAGGAUCCCGCAAUGGCUCUUAUCAUUAUCUAAGUGACCGUUCAUCCUUUGGGCCCCAUUCAGAACCCCUACAGCUGCUGUCCCGGAUCAACUAUCUGCGUGCCUGCACACGCUCCUACUAGCAAUUGCACCAGCCAUGAAGAUAAGCGGGCUCUACGUCUAUCCCGUCAAGUCUUUGCGAGGGACGGCUCUCUCGGAAGCCCUAGCUACGCGGCAUGGCUUUAGAUAUGACCGCAUAUUCAUGCUGUUGAAAGUCAUCCCCGGAGGAUGCGAGAACAUGGCCGUAUCCAGCUUUCCUGAAAUGGUGCUCUUCCUGACGGACAUCUCAUACCCUGAAGACGACGAUAAAAGCGGAGGGACCCUCUCGGUGAGAUACAAGACUCCAGGAAGCGCCGAUACUGAGCCCAAGGACAUAUUGAGGAUUCCUCUGCAUCCUGACACCCAGGAUCUGGAAAUGUUCGAAGUCCAUAUGCAUGACAGUCCCACCAAAGCCUUCAAAAUGCCAUCUCAGUACAGCUCGUGGUUUUCCUCGCGCUUUGGUUAUGAAGUCGUCUUCGCGUACCUGGGAGGUAAUCUGCGGGAUGUUUUGUGGGAAGAGAUGAAGCCAGCAAAAGGAAAUUCCUGGCUAUCAACACUUUCGAGCAGUAUCUUGGGUGGUUCCAACAGUAGGGAACAGAUCACAUUCGCCGACUGUUCCCCUUACCUCAUUGUGUCUAAGACUUCGCUGGGAGACGUCUCUUCCCGACUCCCUGAUGGCGAGGAAAUGGACAUGACGAAGUUCAGGCCAAAUAUCGUGCUUGACGGCGCAGAGAAAGCGUGGGAAGAGGACUUCUGGGGUAAAGUCAAGGUUAACAAUGUCGAGUUCACACUUGCACAUAACUGCGUACGAUGUAAGAGCAUCAAUGUUGACUACAACACGGGACAGCCUGGCACAGGCGAAUCCGGCUCCGUACUGAAGAAGCUACAAAAAGACAGAAGGGUCGACACUGGUGCGAGAUGGAGCCCGGUGUUUGGGCGAUAUUCCUUCCUUAAUUCUAAGAACGGCAAUGUCGUGCUCCGAGUCGGGGAUGAGGUUAGUGUCACGCAAUUGAAUCCAGAGCGGACGGUUUGGAGCUGGAAAGGUUUAGGAUAAAUGCAAGCUCAUACUACGAUUGGAGUUACCCAACUCUCAAUCGGCUUCUUGUUACCACUAAACCCUUCGUGUAGAAAUGU